GCAGAAUCUGCAGCUGACUACAUCAAGAGAUCAAAACGAUCCGGAUUAAAAACGCACAAUCUGUCGCGCAAAUCCAGGGCGCAUCGCUGCUCCACUUUCUCCUUUAGUUUUUCGUAAACGCAUGUGCGAUUUAGAAAUUUAUCAGCGGGUUUUUUCCACAGACGGGAAGAUGGUGCGUUGCUAUAGCCAUGCCGCUGCUGACGGACACUCCGCACGCAUUCGUGGGCAUUAAUUCACCGCGCUCUUCUCCGUCAUAUUCCAGUGCACAUUAUUGUUCACCGGUGACGGGUUUAUCCUGACAGAAACGUCUGGGUUAACGACUCAGAGAUGCUGUUAUCGCAUCGCCUGGAAGAAGCUGCCUAACAGACCAUGAUGAAGACCGAAUCCUCAUCCUCCUCCAAGCCCGCGAGCAGCACCGCGCUCCGCAGCCCCUCUCCGCACCGCAACGCGUACGAGGCGGCGGGGAUUCAAGCGCUGAAGCCGGCCAACGACAUCUUAAAUAACGGCGACGCGCAGGAUGGCAAGCCGAAGCCCACUAGCCGCGGCCGCACGUACGGCUCGAACGUGCACCGCAUCAAGAACAUGUUCAUGCAAAUGGGCGCAUCCUCACCCACCGAAUCUGAAGACCCGCAGAGGGCAAACGGCGACGGGAAAGCGGUGCGUUUGACGCUCCCGAGGGCCGGCAGCCUGAACGAGAACGUGGACCACAGCGCGCUGCUCAAACUCGGGUCCAGCGUCUCCGAGCGCGUCAACCGCUUUGACGGCAAAUCUGACGCGUCGCCCUGCAGGUACUCCAAGCUGCAGGAGACGCGGAAGAUCUUCGAGCAGAACCAGGAGAAGCAGGCUGCGUCGAAUCGCGUCCUGCUCAAGAAAGAGCGCGCCGCUGGAUUUCAGGACGCGUCGCGUUUGGAUGUGGUCGCGCGCUUUAAUGGCAGCACGGAGUCGCUGGAUAGCCUGGACGCGAUCGGAGGCACCGGCGAGGCCGUGUCGCCCACCGUCAGCCAGCUGAGCGCGGUGUUCGAGCGGGCCGCCGAGCUGCGGAACAACCUGCACCGGCUCUCCAACACGCCCCCGCUGCCCUUGCCUCUGCGCGGCCGCGUUGGCUCGCUCAACUCCAAAAUCAUCUCCAAACGCGCUCGCGCCUCUCCUCUGGGGGCCAGCAGAGAGGAUGGGGUUAACCAGCACCAGGAGGAACAAGACGGGAGGUUCAGCAGCCUUAACGGAGCCUCUGAGCUCCAGGACAGUCUCACAUCGGUGGAAGAGAAGCAAACAGGAGAUGAAUGUAGUGCCAGUGAAUUCGCGACUCAAGACUCCAAAUGUAAGCCAGAACAAGCCAACGCCACAGAAGCUAAAGGUACUCUUAUUUCAGCAGAUCUCCACAGUUUAGGCAACAGUGGAGUCAGUUCUAAUGGAGAGGCUGUGGAGAGGGACGCUGAGGAUGGACGGUCAGUGGGGGUCAGUAAGACCGAGGAUGAUGAUGGUACUCAGCAGAAGGGUUUCUCCACUGCUGAUUUGGUGGAUAUCAGUGCCUACAGUGCUGUAGGAGAAGACUCUGCUGGCAGCCAGCUGGAGGAUGAGGAGGAAGAAGAUGAAGAGUAUGAGCCAGAGUCCAGCUGCUCUGAGAUUGCUGGAUUACCUGCGGAGGAGGAGCCGCCCCCAAGCAGGAAAAUUAAAUUCAGUGUUCAACCCAUUAAGGUAUUCACAACCUAUUCCAAUGAGGACUAUGACAGGAGGAAUGAUGACGUGGACCCCAUGGCUGCUUCUGCUGAGUAUGAGCUGGAGAAACGCGUGGAAAGGCUGGACCUGUUUCCCGUUGAGCUGGAGAAAGACAAUGAGGGUUUGGGAAUCAGUAUUAUUGGCAUGGGUGCUGGAGCUGACAUGGGCCUGGAGAAGCUUGGCAUAUUCGUAAAGACUGUCACAGACGGAGGAGCUGCUCAUCGGGAUGGCAGGAUACAAGUGAAUGAUUUGAUAGUGGAGGUGGAUGGAACAAGCCUGGUUGGUGUAACUCAAAGUUUUGCAGCAUCUGUUCUGAGAAACACAUCCGGGACCGUUCGGUUUAUUAUUGGCCGAGAAAAGCCGGGAGAGCAAAGUGAAGUGGCCCAGCUCAUCCAGCAGACUCUUGAGCAGGAGCGCUGGCAGCGGGAGAUGAUGGAACAACGAUAUCGAAACUACAUGGGCGAUGAGGAAGAGCAGGGUGAUUACGGAACAGAUGAAGAGGAAGAAGAUGAAAUGAGCCCCACAUACCCCAGUGCCAUAGAGGUGUUCGACUUAGCCGAGAAUGAAGACAUGCUUUCACCCGUAGAAGUGGACCCUGAGAAGCUUGCCCACAAAUAUAAAGAAUUGCAGAUCAAACAUGCUGUGACCCAGGCUGAAAUCCAACAGCUCAAGAGGAAGUUAAAUCACGCAGAGCAGGAUAAGCAGCGAUGGCGUUCUGAGAAGGCUCAGAUGGAGCGUAAUAUGCAGGAGAACCGGGAGCGCAUGGAGAAGCUGGAGGGAUAUUGGAUGGAGGCGCAGAGUUUGUGCCAGGCUGUGGACGAGCACCUGAAAGAAACGCAGGCUCAGUACCAGGCUCUGGAGCGCAAAUACAGCAAGGCCAAACGCCUCAUCAAAGAGUAUCAGCAGAAGGAGAUUGAAUUACUUAAAAAGAAAACAGCUCAGCAAGAAAAUGUAGAGGAGACUGAAGCUUCACAUAAUGAGGAAACAGAACAACUCCAAGACAAGGUAACAGAUCUUGAGUCGCAGGUGGAGGAGAUGAAGUCACUGGAUCCGUCAUAAAAGUACAGAUUGUUCAACUACUUCAAUGUAAAUGUACUGAAAUUGGAGAAAUUUGUACUUUUGUCAUUAUUGUUUUUGUCAGUAUCCCCAAGACUUUCCUUCCUCCAUACCUUGAUUUCAGACUUUUUAUGGUUUUAGACAUGUUUUCUUUAGUCGUUCUUAAUAUUGUGAAUCAUAGAUUUACCCUGCAGUGUUUGGUCAUUUGUAUUUUCCUCACAUUUAACUCUAGACAACAAUUCGGCUCUCACUGAUAGUUCUGCCAAAGUUGUUCCUGUAACAAUCUAACGAACGCAACAAAAAACGUGUCAUUUUCUUAUCUUUCAUUAACAACUACAGUGAUAUAUUUUUCCCAUUUCAGUGUUAUAAAUGAGGAGAGUGUGAGGAUGUCUCUGAAACUCCAGUAAUGACCUGCCACUCGCUGCUGUACCUUAAAAAAAUCCCAGUUACACUUUCCCUCUUUUUAUCCUUAUGCCUUUCCUUAAACUCUCCUUAGGAUGAACUGUUCUAUAUGUGAUAAGUAUAAUUUGUCUAGAUUCUUUAAAAGUAUAUAUUAAUAUAAAAUGGGAAGCACAUCAUUCAUGGAGGGAACCUGAGGGAAACUGUAAAGAUUUCUGUAAAGCUGAGGAUCAAGUGGAAAUCCAGCUCAUAUUUUGUGGUCAUUAAACACAUACUUAGCUUAGCCUUAGCCAGAUAUCAAGGGUUUUACUAAAACAUCUUUCUCCAAAUGCUUCUUUUUCUACCUAUAGCAGUCCACACUUUACCUCUUGUGUAAGGUUUUGGUGACUCAAACCUUAAAAACCAACUGCUGCCUUUUUCCUCAGUAUUAUUCCUGUUUAGCCACUUUCCAGUGUUCACUUUCCAGUGUUUACAUCUCCACUUAAAGGAACAAUCCAGUUUUUUUGUCACAUAGAGUUAAACAGUUAAGUUUUACUAUUUUUUAAUCCAUUCAGCUGAUCAACUGGACCAGUUUUAGCUUAGCUUAGCAUAAAUUAUUAUUAGACCGUUAGCGUCUUGUGCAAAAAAAACCCCAAAAAUGUUAUAGAUAAUUUAUGAUAUUACGCUGUUCUUGAAAAUACCCAGCAAACAAAUGUUUAAUAGACAUCUGAAUGUAGACAGCUUGGCUACGUUUGAAUGUCUAAACUAAACUUGGGUUGAGGCUAAACUUGGGUUGUCAGUGAAAAUCUAAUAGAGAUCUGACAAUAGCCGAAAACUAGACUAGUCAUUAAAUAGACAGAUUAGACAGACGUUUUAUGUGUAGUCACUCAUUUGUUUAUUUGAUGACUAGUCUAGUUUUUCCUAGACAUCCAUUAGAUUUUCACUGACAGCACAAAUUUGGCCCUGGUUUAGCCAAGACGACUAUGUUUAGACGUCUAUUAGACAUUAUUUAGAAACAAAAAAAUGCUUUAUGGGUAGUCUCUAGCAAGGUAAAUGUGCUGCUUAAUAUAAUUGUGCCCUCAUAGAGCCAUGAAAUGGCAUAAAUAAACUCCUUGAUUAUAACAUCCACAUGAGAUGAGUUGAGAUGUAGGAAUGAGUUCCUAGACAUAUCAGCUUAGAAAAUAGCAUCUAUUUUCCCGUCUGUCUUGCAUAAAGAAACUACAGAAUGGUCAAGGUUUAAAUAGGAAAAUGAGAUGCCUCUUAAAUAAAAAUGCUAAAUUCUUUUUAAAAAUUUUUUUGAGCAAAAUGCAAACGGUCUAAAUCGGGUCAAUGAUUUAUGCUAAGCUAAGCUAGAAGUGCUCCCUCUAGGCCUGGGGAUAGACUGAAUUGAUUCAAAAUGGUAAAACACAACUCCUUAACCGUUUAAUUGUAAAACAAGCCUAUUUCUUUCCAAAAAAAAGUGGAGUGUUCCUUUAAACCUUCUUUAUGGGGCAAAAAAAAGGUGUUUUCUCCUUUUUUCCUCAGUGUUUUUUUUUUGUUUGCUUAUAUAGGUUACUCUGGUGAUAACAUGUAUGAUUAUGCGACUGGCUGAACUGUGUGUGUAUGUGUGUGUGUUUGAGAUGGACCUGUAUGGGCCACAAUAGUUUCAUAAAAUGAACCUGUCAUAUGAAUUGUUCAGUGUAAUGUAACUGAACACAGCACACGGACCUUAGACUGGCUUUUGGAGGAAGAUGUCCCAAAUACAACAGCAGUGAAUUCCACGUCCUAUAGGAAGACUAUUUGUUAUACAUAAUCAUGUGAAAUAUAUGAAGGAACCAAGAAUUAUAAAUGAUUGUGAUUGUAGUAUUUAGUAUGUCACCUUUAGUCUUUACACAAAGACUAAAUUAAAUCGAUGAGGCAUGUAAACAGCUUUUUUUUCUCAGUACAAGGCUUGUAUGGAAAACACACUCAUGUGGUUUGUUAAUGUGCUUUUAUGAAAUAAAGUCAA